GGUGACGGAAUAUUGUGUAAUAAAGAUUAUCGUCGUGUGUGUAAUGUGUAUGUUAUUGUUGUUUUCUACUUGUCAAAUAUUGUAUACUCCAUCGGCGCGGGUUUUAUUGUUGUAAAUAAUAUCGAUUUAGUGAAUAUUGAUUAGAGGCUUUAUUAAGUGCAGUUGUUAUUCAAGAAUAUGGGAAAUAUACAUACCGUGGGCCCGAAUGAGGCGCUAAUAGUGUCAGGUGGCUGUUUUGGGUCCACUCAAAAACGAACGAUAGUAGGAGGGUAUGCGUGGGCCUGGUGGUUAGUCACUGAUGUACAGCGUAUAUCCCUUGAGGUUAUGACAUUAAAUCCCAUGUGCGAGUAUGUGGAAACUGCGCAAGGAGUUCCACUGACGGUCACCGGAGUCGCUCAGUGUAAGAUCAUGAACGAAGAUGAACUGCUAACAACGGCCUGCGAACAGUUCCUUGGGAAGUCCGUUAAGGAGAUCAAGAUGACUGUACUGCAAACUUUAGAAGGUCAUCUGCGUGCUAUAUUGGGAACGCUUACAGUCGAAGAGGUGUACAAGGACAGAGACCAGUUCGCGGGUCUGGUUCGAGAGGUGGCGGCGCCGGACGUAGGUCGGAUGGGCAUCGAAAUACUCUCCUUCACGAUCAAGGACGUAUACGAUGACGUCCAGUACCUGGCAAGUUUGGGGAAGGCGCAGACGGCCGUCGUGAAGCGAGACGCUGACAUUGGCGUCGCACAAGCGAACAGGGAUGCCGGUAUACGAGAAGCAGAGUGCGAAAAAAGUGCGAUGGACGUAAAGUAUUCGAUGGAUACAAGAAUAGAAGACAACACGAGGCUCUUCAAGUUACAAAAAGCACAGUUCGACCAAGAAAUAAACACUGCUAAAGCCGAAGCCGCUUUAGCGUACGAACUGCAGGCUGCGAAAAUCAAACAAAAAAUACGAAACGAAGAGAUACAGAUCGAGGUCGUGGAGAGACGCAAGCAAAUUGAGGUGGAGCAACAAGAAAUCAUGCGACGUGAGGAAGAGCUGAUGGCGACGGUGCGGCUACCAGCCGAAGCGGAAGCUUAUCGUUUGCAAACGAUUGCCGAAGGAAAACGAACUCAAACGGUGGAAGCUGCUAAAGCCGAUGCCGAGCGGAUCAAGGUGCUCGGCUUAGCUGAAGCGACGGCAAUCGGCGAUGUCGGCAAGGCAGAUGCAGAGCGGAUGCUCGCUAAAGCAAAGGUCUACAAGCAGUACGGAGAUGCAGCCAUCAUGGCUCUCGUACUCGAAGCUUUGCCAAAGAUAGCGGCAGAAGUAUCCGCUCCACUAGCGAAGACGGACGAGAUAGUUCUCGUCGGAGACAACGGAGCGACAGGCGAGGUGGCGCGUCUGGCUGGAGGCAUCCCGCCCGCACUGCGGACCCUCACCGGCCUUGACAUCACGCAGGUGCUCAAGAGGCUGCAUCCAAGCACAGAAGAAUCCUCCCUCGCUUCUACCACUAGCAAGAAGAAGGAGGUAACAGCUUGUUAAUCUGCCUGUCACAAAAUACAGAAGUGCCAUAGCUACGGUCCCCGUGGAAUUUGUAAGAUGUGGUCAUUGUUAUAUAUAUAACAAAGAUAUAACAAAGACAGUUUAUUUUCUUGAAUUACUUUAAAAAGAUAGAGUUCAAUAGAGUUUGUGUUGUUGUGUCAACUGUACGUGUUUUCGUUUGAUAAAUGCGACUUUGAAAAUGUUAAUACGAAAUUAUAUGGGUGUCAUAAGUGGUGUCUAAAAUUCUUGUAAAAUUUGUGAAAAAAAUGUGAAUCUAUUUAGGCUUUCUAGUGUAUUAGAUUUUGUACGGUACUAAAAAUCAAAGUGUUCCCAACACUGCCUUGAAAAAUUUACAAAGUUUUUUCUUCGAAUAGUAUUAGUAAAAUUACUUUGACAGUUGUAUAGUAAAUAUAAAAUUUUCUAGACAAGUUUAUCUAAAAUAAUGUUUUCAUAAUAAAAAUUAUUAAACAACUGACUCUGUGAUUUUACUCGUGUGAUGCGUGAAUUGAAAUAUACGUAUGUAAUGUGAUUUUUUUUUCAUACGCUGUUUGACAUUUAAAAGCACAAUUUUUUAUUAUUAAAA